AUGACAACCGCCCAUCACGUUCAUGGCAUCACGGACAAUGAUGGGGAUCUUAUACAGCACGACGACUAUCCGUGGCUUGACGACUUUCCGUCACAGCCAUUGGACGACGAUAGACGCUCUCUUGACGCAUCCUUGGACUUGACGUCACAACACGAAGACGACCUAGUAUCCUACCGAUCCCCGCCGUUUAGAGAAGCAGACCUACCCAGUACCAGUGCAAAUGCGCUGACGGAGCUGGAGGGGUUGGAGGCGCCGUUACCUGUUCCACCGCCCAGAGCUAGGGGGUUUGGUUAUAAUGAUGAUGACGACGAUAGCCAUUGGACGAGGGAAAGGGAGGAGGGCCAUACGAGGUCGCCUACGCUGCCUAGCCCUCGCUCCUCAUCACACUCCCGCUCACCAAGCUCUUCAGCGCCCAGUCCGGCAGGAAAUACUCUCGACUCGCUCUCCCGCACCAUAUCGUCUCUGAAGAGUUACGUGCCCUCAGUUCCAUCGGGGGGAACACUCAAGUCGUACGUCCCCUCAUUGAAGACGUAUGCAGAGCCAAGCCCCCCAUCCGUCUCGCGUCCGUUGAGUUUUGCGACGUUUAGUGCUGGAGAGGUGGAAAAGGGGAGUGCGAGGGAAAGAGGGAGGGGUAGGGGCGGGAUUCGGGGAGAUGCGUAUCAGCGGGAGGAAUAUGUUGACUUUCAGGGCGAUACGCGUCGAGGUAGGGUUGGGCGCGAUGAAGACCUGUAUUGGGAUCAGCCGCGGGAGGUUGCUUUGGACGAGCGAUCUCGGCCUCGACAGGAGUUUGAGAGGGACUAUGAGCUUGACCAAGACUUUGAUGGAUAUGUUCGGGGUAAAGCUGAGGCCCGAGAAAGGUUGAGUGGGGAGAAUCAGGCGGAUAGGGAGCUGAUGAGGUGGGCUGAAGGCGGGGAUGAGCCACUAUUGAGGCAAGAGGAGGACCGGCUUUUGUCUAGUAGGGAGGAGGAUAGGCUUCCGCAGGUCCGGAGGAGUGAGCAGGGCGAACCAGCACGGAAGAUCGAGCCAGAUGGUCCUUCUUCACGCAGGUCAGAGCAAAUAGCUCCACCUUCUUGGAGGGUCCCGUCAAGGAGGGAAGAAGGGCAGGACAUGGAGAGACGUCAUCAUGUGCGACAGAAGACGGUCGUUCCUCCACAGACGGCCCUUCCGAGUCGACAACAAACCAUCGUUCCAGGGAGACAUAACGCGCUUCUUGACCGACAACAUACCAUCGUCCCUCAGAGGGAGGAGGAGGAUACGCCCAUUUUGGCGUUUACGAGGCAGGAGAGUGGGUUGGCGCAGGCUAUGAGAGGCGUUGCUGGCCAGGCGUCUGGUCGGGUGGGUGCGGGUGCUGCUGAUCCCUCGUCCGCUCGACCUGGACAAACGGUCGUUGAUCUUGGUGAAGAGGAUGGAUCUGCACAAGGUGCCGAGGAAAGAGGAGGAGGAGGAGGGGGCGCGAAACAUGCGUAUGCGCAUCCUGCGCGUGAGGCGGAUUUGAUAUCGUGGGCGAGGUGGGAUUUGUUGGGUGAUAAACGUCUCCUCAUCCUGUCGUACAUCCCAUCCGGCCUCCAGAUCUGGGACUGUACGGACCUAGGCACCGUCACUGAAGUUCUUAAUCUCAACUUUUCGGGCGCUGAGUGGAAGGAGUUGGAGUUUGAUGUUGGGAGGGUAAUUUAUGCUGCUUUGCUUUCGUCGGAUAAGUCCAGUUCUUUCAAGGAGGACAGACCAUUCCUUGGGAUUAUCUUGGAAUCAGUACAGGACCCAGAGUCGACGACUUUUGUCGUUUAUUCGCUUAGUAGACAUCGGGUGAUUGUUAGGGUGCCCGUACCCGGCCCUGGUGCGCGUGCAGAGUCAUUCUUGUCUAAUGAAGAUUUUAUUGUGGUUAGCACCACCACACCGUUACCCGUCUUACAUAUCCUUUCAAGCACUACCUUCGAACUUUUGUCAACCAUCCCUUACAGCGCUUUGGCACCCUAUACAACCCCGUCAUCGCAUUCAUUUCCAACAUCGCAUUCAACUCUUACACCAACGCAACAACAACACUAUAUAUUCAACAACCCUAUAUUAUUAGGAACCAGACAAGGAAUUUCAAUGACACCUAUAGACAAACCCAAUACCCACCACCAUCACCAUCACCCCCGUCCACACGCAAUAUUUGCGUUAUCAAAGCGCCUCUUGGCCUACGCCUGUCCUCCACCUUCAUCCUCCUCAUCAUCAACCACAACCACGAAAGACCACCGUCGACUCUCUUCUACGUCCACCCAAACCUCCGCAUCGGCAGGGAGCAGCAGCGCCGCUUCGUCAUGGAAGAGCAUGACCCAGGCGCAGGGGGAGCUCGCGCUUAAAGUUGGAGGGAGCAUGUUGACCGGGAUGAAGUUCCUUGGCGGGAUGGCAUAUGAUGCUGCUUUGAAACGCGGCGGUGGAACGGGAGAACCACCACCACCACCGAUUAAUAGGUUGUUCUCGAGGAGCGCGCCGACGAAGAGGGAGGGGGAAGAAGAGGAGGAGGAGGAGGAGAAGAGGCGGAGAAGGUAUUCGGGUGAACCCUCCGUUGCUGCUGCUGCCAAUCAGGUGUUUGAGAGGGAGAGGAAGGCGGGAGGGUAUCAUGUUCGAGUGGUUGAUCUGGCUUCGCUUGCGACGACGGGGAUGGGGAAUCAUCCGCGGGUUGUGUUUGAAUUUCAGAGUUCGCGAAGUCAGCCGAUCGCGGAUUUGAGGUUCUCGAAGGAUGGGUGUUCGUUGGCUGUUAUUCCGAGGGACGGGCAUCUUAUCAAGGUGUUUCAGCUCCGCCCGGCUCCUGCGGUUCUUUUUGGUGGUGGUCGUGAUAACGUGGCUUCGCAACCGGGUUCUUCAGAUUUGGAGCAGAGUAGGUCUGUGUGGCAUUUGUAUGAUUUACGUCGGGGAAGGACGUCGGCGGUUGUUGAAGGUGUGGACUGGGCUCAGGAUGGGCGGUGGUUGGCGAUUGGGACGCGGAAUAGGACGGUGCAUGUCUUUCCUGUGAACCCGUAUGGCGGCAAAGUGGAUGUGAAGAGUCAUUUGGAAGGGAGGGUACGAAAUGUACUCGCUGGAGCUACUAUACCAGCCAAGACGGAAGUAACCCCCUUGGUCCGCCUGCGUGGUGUCAGGUCACAGCAAGUAUCACCAUCGUCAGCUUUGGAGCACCAUCCGUCAUUAAUUGCCCCUCUUGCCUUUAUCUUCCUCAACCCUUCCGAUGUCACCAUUCCUCCAAAUUUACUCCCCUCGCUGCCCACAGUCGUUGACCCGACAUCUUCUCCUCCCCUUUCCCCUCGUCGCGCCGAAGAUCGCUCACGAAACUACCAAGAUGUUCUCCUAUUCGAUUCUGCGGAUGGUAUGCUCUCCCUUAGGAGAUUAACGGUCGAGCAGCAUCCAAAGGAACCAAGUUUGCCUUCUACCGUCGUCCAAGCGUCCGUUUCCGCUGCUACGAGUAUUUCGUUCCCUGGGAUGGGUGGUGCGGGGAGGUUGAGUACAUCGCCUUCGAGCGCAGGCGCUUCUGCUUCGACUAGGCCUUCUGCGUUGACGAAGAUGAUGGAUACGCCUGAGCUGGAGCUGUCAGCCAAGGGGGGGGUCGUCGCUACGUGGAACUUGCAACGUCGUAGGGAUUGGGGUGAGAUUAAGAGGCGUUUGGUCGAUACCCAGCGGAUGCGUGAUUGGGGAGGUUUGACGGAGAAUCUUGACUGGCUAUCUCAGGCUGAGAUAACGACCUUUUCAAAGUCCCAGCACGUUCUCCCGCGGUCCCUUUACCUCUGCCACCAAUUCUCCUUCCAUACCUUGGGAGAAGACUACCAUGCCCUCAUCCGACGAUACCAGUUUGACAUCAGUGGUCACAAGAUCGAGGUCCGCAAGGAAGUUGAAGUCAACGCUUUCUCUUCUACCACUACGGAAGACGGUGCCGGAGAAUCGUUCGUAGAAGGCAGUUUCUCCUCUUCACCCCGCGACAUUCGCCGAUUUUCAACGUCCUUCGACGAACCUCUUGCCUCUGCUCUCGGGGCCGGCUUCAACCACUCUCCUCAAUCCAACCAGGCCAUCAUACCCAUGUUCCCAAACGGCACCCCAGGCUCAAAGCCCAAGUCGUUUAGGAGCUCGAUUCCCAUUCGGACGAUGGCGGGGCUCGGAGAUGGGAUGAGUGAAGGUUUUGGAAGGAUCAGGAGGGAGAUCCAGCAUAAAGUCAGAUCUCCGUUGCUGGCGCCCAGAAGCGAUAGCAGCGUAUCGGCCAGCGUUCCUUUGGAGUUUGACGAAGAGGAUGAGGACUUUUUGGGAGGUGGGGUUGGCGCUGUGUUGGAUGCGCCAGUGCCCGUUUCAAAGCAACGUGAAGGUUCAAGUGUAUCGCGGGGGACGUCCAGAGACGAUGGAGUGAGCGUGGACUCGUCCCUCUCUACUUCUAGUGCGAGUGUCAAUAUCGACGAUGACGUCGUUGGAACCGUUGAUGAGGACAUCUGGCAGGGGUGGGAUUACCAAGACAAGAUGGCGAUCGAAGAGGCGGAACGUUUUGAUGAUAUCUCUGCGGUAGGGUUUUUGAAUGCGGAACAGGAAGUGUCGAAGCCCAUUGCCACUACGGAUGGUGAGGGUCGGAAGCGGACAGGCAGGGAAAGGCGGAAGCAUUGA